AUGAAGAACACCAUGGCAACCUCAGCGAGUAAGUCCUUGAUCAGGGAUGCCAUGGUCCAUCUCAAGAAGCGAAACGGAGCCAGCUUCGCGCAGCUUCGCAAACACCUCGAGUCGAACUACGCCGCAAAAUUGGAUGCCAACAAAAGAAAGCUGUUGAGCUCUGCGCUGAAAAGCAUGGUUCAAUCGGGAUCUGUAGAAAAGAAGGGUGCAGUGUACAAACUCGGCGUCCCAACGGCACAAGCGUCAAAAGGCCCGGCAGAGAUCGCAGUGCCUAGUCGGCGACGACGCCGCAAAUCUUCCAAGUCUCUCAAGGUUCGUCACAAACGCAAAGGUGGAUCUACUGACCAUGCUUACUUGAUACUAGUUUGGUUGAAGAGACUUCCUCACUGUGCUGAGAAGUCAGCAUCUGACCAGAAGCUAGCUGCAGCUCAACAUCGAGAGCAAUUCAGUUCUCAGCUUGCGUCACAUGGGUAUGUUAACCCCGUCCGAUUCCUCAGCACAAGCGCACUGGUGAACUCCGCCACCAUCACCACCACCACAGGGCUGGAUGGUGAAGAUUCGCGCUGCGAGUCAACCGCCUGGAAGUCGUGUUUUGUGAAACCCUCGUUGCACCUUGAGGGCCAUUGCUGUUGGAUUCGUGUAGCGGAUCGAGAUUAG